AUGAGGGCCACCGAGAUGUUGACCGCCGCGGCGGGGGCUGCCGCCGGGACGACGCCCUCCACGGCCUCGGUGGCCGGCCUGGCCGGGGCCAGCGGGGGCGUCCCCGCCGCGGGCGCCGGCGGGAACUUCCCCCUCGGCGCCGCCCUCCUCGCCUUCGCCUUCGCCAACCUCGUCAACGUCCUCUCCAUCUGGUUAAAGGAGAAGAAGUGGGAUGCAAGGAAGUUUCUUACAUCUUCCGGAGUUAUUUCAUCUCUUUCUGCGGCCGUGGCAAGUUUGGCUGUGGCGGUUGGCCAACAAGAAGGCGGAGAUAGCUCUGUUUUCGCCCUUGCAUUGGUUUUUGCUGCCGUUGUAAUGUAUGAUGCAUCAGGAGUUAGGUUUCACACAGGCCGCCAAGCUGCGUUGUUAAAUCAAAUAGUUUCUGAUUUAUCACCGGAACAUCCAAUUAUCUCUACCUUCCGGCCGCUUCGGGAACCUCUUGGACACAGUCCAUUUCAGGUUUUUGCCGGAGCCCUUGUUGGUUGUACAGUAGCGUAUCUAAUGGGGAAUUCUUCUGUAUGA